AUGUUAAGGAAUGUUGCUAAAAGUUCAUCUGAUAUCCCCUUUGAAGAUGAUAAGUUGAAAAACAAAAAUGAAAUAUUUAAGAAAAGGAUACACAAAGAAAUAAAGAGAUUAAAAGAAUCAAAGGUUAUCGAUGAUAUAAAUGUAUAUAUUACAUUUAAAGAGAGCAAUGAUUCAAAUGAUGAUCAAAAUGAUAGUAAUAACAACUAUAAUGGUAAUAAUUGUGGUAAAUAUGUACAUUUACUACAAACUUUUGAUGAGAAAUAUUUUUUAGAAGAAACCUUUUUUGUAAAUAAUUUUAUAAAACAUAUAAUUAUAUUAAAAAAGAAUAAUAAUAUAUCUGAUUCAUAUAAAGAAGAGAAUGUUUAUAUUUCUAAUGAAUUAAUUAAAUAUUACACAUAUAAAAAUACAACUUGUCCAUUCUAUAAUAUUUUCGAAAUAUUAAAUUUUGAAAAUUUUUUUAAUAGUUUUAAAUCCUUUUUAAAUGAAAUAAAUAACAUCCUAGAUAUUUUUGAAAUAUUUAAAAAGGAUUUUAUGAAAGAACAAAAUAUUUUUUACAAGGAGAAGUAUAAAAUACAAGAAAAAAAGAAUGUCAAAGAAAAUUGUUAUGAGGAAAAAGAUAAUAUGGAAUAUUUUACUAAUAUAUUUUUUGAAAUUAUAUAUAAAGAUUUUAUAAGUUUUUUAUCCAAAAUACAAAGAGAAAUUAUUAAUAAUAUAUAUUCAUCUAAUGAAUAUGAAAAUGAAAACUUUUAUAAAAAAUUCUUUAUAUUUUUUAAUAAAUAUUAUAAUAUAAAUGAAAGUAUAGUAUAUUCAUUUUUUAUAUUUCAUGAUUAUCCUUUUAGUAAACCGUUAAUAAAUUUUGAACACUUUCCUUUUUCUAUAUUCAAAAAAAAACGUCAACAAAAUUUAAUGGGUGAAAAAUAUAAUAAGAAAAAUAUCCUUACGACUUUAUUAAAAGAACAAAAAUGGAUGCCAAAGAUAACCUUGGAAAAUUUAUUUGAGGAAUCCAAAAAAUUAGUAGACAAACUUUUUUUUUAUUAUCAAUAUAAAAUAUAUUUAUUUUAUUAUUAUCUUAAUAAACAUAAAAUCUUUGAGCAGUUUUUUCAAAAUGAUUUUAGAAUAUCUAUUGAUAAUUAUAAUAUUAUUUAUUUAUAUAUUUUUAGAGUAGAUAAAAAAUUAAUAUCUAAUAAAAUGAAAGGGAAAAUAAUAGUACCUAAAAAGAAUUAUUCCAAUUUAUUAUAUAGCCUUAAUAAUUGUGAAUGUAUAAAUCCAAAUAUUGUUUUCUAUAAGUUUUUUUAUUUAUAUAAAAAAUUAAAAAGUAAAAACUAUGAAACACAUGAUCAAUUUAGUGUAUUAAGAGCUCAAAGAAAAAAAAGGUAUCAGUACUUUAUGUAUUUAUUUUUCAUUAUAUUUAUUUUCUUUAUUCCUCAAAUAAUUAAAAAUAUAUAUAUUUAUAAUACUGAUGAGACAGAAACAUAUAUAAAUGAACCAUCUCAUAUUCAGAAGCUUAAUAAAAAUGUAGAUAACUAUGUACUUUUCGAUGGAUAUGUAAAUUUAAUACGAACAAGUAUCAAUUAUUUUGAUAAAAAAAAAGAUGAUUAUAGAUAUAUGGACAACAGUACAUUUUAUGGAAAUAUAAAGAAUGUGAAAGGGAAUGAACAAGAUUUGUAUAGAGAGGGAGCUAUAUAUGACAAUAUUAAUAAUAAUAAUAAUAAUAAUAAUAAUAUGAAAAAUAUGAAUAAUAUGAAAAAUAUGAAUAAUAUGAAUAAUAUGAAUAAUAUGAAUAAUGAAGAAAAUAUUACCAACGAAAAAAAUGAACAAAAUACAAAUGAUGCAUUAAUUCUUAAGAAUAACAAAUCUGAAAAUGAUAUGAUUUCUAAUAUAAAGAAAAAAAAAGGAGAGAAACACAAAAAUAUGUUUUUAAUAAUUUUAUCUCUUUUUGAAUUAUUAUUUUUUUCAUUAGGUAUAAUAUAUAAUUUACAUUUAUUACGAAAAAAAUAUGACCAAAGCAAUUUUAUUGUUAAUAUAUGUUCUUCUUUAUUAAUACUAUAUAAUCCAAUUUUAUUUUGUAGUUAUAAAAAUAAUAUGAUUGUAAUAUCUAUAGGGUUAUUAAUAUGGAGUAUAAAUUUUAUGUUAUUAAAAAAAAUAUUCUUGUGUAUAGUGGUAUAUUUUUUAUCUAUAUAUUUUAAUAUAAUAAAUAUCAUUUAUUUUUUCUCCUUUUUCUUUAUGUAUGUAUAUAUUAAAAGCAGAUAUAUAAUAAAAAGAGGAAAUCAAAUUAAAAGCCAAUUUAAGAGUAAAUUAAGAAUUUUGAAAUAUGCUUUUAUAUAUUUAAUAAUAUUUAUGAUAAUAAGUUAUGUACUAAUAUAUAUUUUUUUCGAUAAAGAAAAACAAAAUGAAGAUGUCUUUACAAAUUUGUUUAUUAAUCCUAUAAAAUAUUGGUACCAUAAAUAUUUCUUAAAGGUAUAUUUUAAUAAUAAUAAUAAUAAUAACACAAAUGUACAUGGACAUAAUAUGUGGGCACCUAUGAAGUUCAUUAUUAAUAGUAAUAUUUAUGUAAACAAUUAUAUAAUAAAAUAUACUCCUUUUUUUAUAACAUUUCUAUUUAAUUAUUUCUUUUCUAUAAAUACCAUAAUUAAAUUUUAUUCUUCUUUAAUGUUUUCUUCUAUAGUAUUUCUUUUUAUGUCUUAUACUUAUUUUAGUUGUAAUUAUUUAUUGAUAUUUAUUAUAAUAAUAUUACUAUUGUUUAUUAAUAUACUUGGUACCUCAAGUGUAUUAUUAAAUAUACUUUUGUCAUCCUAUAUUAUUAUAGCUAAUGAUCAUUUCCAUAUGUAUACAUUUGGUUUAACCAUAUUAUAUUUUAUCUUUCACAUAUAUUUAAUGUAUCCAUCAAACAAUUUAUUUCAAAAUAUAAAUUAUGAAUUAAAAAUAAGUUCAGAGUUAAUUAAAAAUUUGUAUUAUUUUUUUCUAAGUAAUAUCAUUCAUUUAUAUGAAGCCCAUAUAAAACAUAUAAUACUUUCAUUUGUUAUAAUAUUUUACCCUUCUGUCCUUAACAACAUGUCCAAUGAAAAAACAAUACGCAACAUUAUUCAGAAAAAAUAUAUACAAAAAAAAAUUAUACUAUGUUUAUAUUCACAUAUACAUCAUGAUUAUUUUUUUAUACCUUUAUCGUCCUUUUCAUUUUGUUUGUUUGUUAUGCUAGGCAUAUUAAAGCUAUAUUAUUCCCUUGCCUAUAUAAAAAUAGCAGUCUACAUAUUCCAAUUUUUUACUAUAUCUAGUUUGUUCACAAUAUUAAUGCUUUUUUAUAUAAAAAGAAAGAGUUUUCGCAAAUUAGAUUUUUUGAGUAUACCCGACUCGUCGAGCAAAAGAACAUUCCCAUUAGAGAGGUCAAAGAAAUUAUAA